AUGAAGUGGGAAAUGGAAAUCCUCCCUCCGGCCUCACCUUAUAUGUACAACUCCAAUUGGCUUUUGGAUGAUAACAGGACCAACACCAACACCAAAUGGACCCCUGCGGAGAACAAGCUGUUUGAGAAUGCUCUUGCAGUGUAUGAUAAGGACACCCCGGAUCGGUGGCACAGGGUGGCUGAGAUGAUACCAGGAAAGACAGUUAUGGAUGUGGUGAAGCAGUACAAGGAAUUGGAAGCAGAUGUUUGUAACAUAGAAGCUGGCUUGAUCCCGAUUCCAGGCUACAGUACUACCACCUCACCCUUCACCCUAGACUGGGUGAACACUCCUGGGUACGAUGGCUUCAAAGGCCUCACUGCCAAGAGAUCCUCCUCUGGUAGACCUCCUGAGCAGGAAAGGAAGAAAGGUGUGCCAUGGACUGAAGAGGAACAUAAAUUGUUUCUACUAGGGCUGAAGAAGUAUGGCAAAGGUGAUUGGAGAAACAUUUCACGCAAUUUUGUGAUUACUCGAACGCCAACUCAAGUUGCUAGUCAUGCACAGAAGUACUUCAUCAGGCAACUUUCUGGAGGCAAAGACAAGAGGAGGGCUAGCAUCCAUGACAUAACAACAGUGAAUCUCACAGAAACCACCAGAACUUCUUCAGAAGACAGCAAGAGAUCCGCAUCACCACAGCAUUCGGUGAUGCUCUCACACCAGCAGCCAAAUUCUAGUGCUACCUCAUCAGGAGUGAAUUUCCAGUGGAGUAAUCAGCCAAAUGCAGGAGUACCUAUGGCUCUCAAUCCUGCACAUGAACAAGUGUUCAUGUCCCCUUAUGGCUUUAACUCAUAUGGGUACAAGGUGCAAGGCCAAAGUCUGCACAGAAGUCCUCUUCAUGAGUCUUCUUACUUAGGACCUCAGACACCAAACAUGGUUUUCCAAAUGCAGCCCUCCCAACACUAUUCCCAUGCAUAA